GGUGGAUGUCGGUUCGAUAACGACUUAGUGUACAAACCACACACACAACUACUGACUGUUGAUUUUAACAUCAUUAACUCAGCCGAAGCACGGACGGGUACCUGGCAGCACGCAUGCGUACGGAAAGAUUGUCAAUGGCGAAGAUUUGAAUCAGUGGCCUUCGACGCUGUUGUCGUCUAAUUCGAUGAGUUCUCCUUGUCAACGACGACACCCGUUGUCACAUUAGGGCAAGAAGGAAACAGAAAUGGACAAGGCGACUCUGUAUGCUAGCGAGUCUGCAGCUGGCGUCUCUUCCUACUGGUAUCGUUUCCGACUACUUUUCUUUUCUUGAAGUGACGUCUUUAUUUCAGUGAAGUCAAUGUGUGCGCUACACAAACCCCAAAUGAUAGAAACACAAGCUACGAAAAAACAAACUCUUCUCCACCACCACCACCGCACUCUAUCUCGGGUGCCUUUUCUUUGUACUUUCGCAUUUGCGAGGAGGUGUCAUCACUAUGCCAAGCUACAAUUUGAUAACAAUCGUCACUUGGAACUAGUAGUUGCUGCCAAGACAUGUGCAUUAUUAUUACCUUUGCUGGUACAGGAGCAUCAUAAGUACUAUCAUCUCAACCGCUGCAAGUCGCCCGACUAACCUCACAUUCUAUCCGAUCUCUCUCUCCCUCUCUCUCUAGCUACCUGGGCUCUUAUUGUCGCCGUCCAUCGGUGACCACUGUCGUUUCGUCAAUAGCUACUGGCUCUCGGUCUGCUGUAAACUAGAGUAGGAGACUAUUAUAAUAUUUUCUGUUAUCGGAAACCUUGUGUUGUUGUUUUGUCGAGUGAAUGUCAUUGAGAGACGGGCACCUGACUGUUUACCGUCAAUGAACAUACGUCGCCUCCGCUCUUUAAUGUUUCAACAUCUCUAUCACCCAAAACGACACUUGUCUAUCUUCACACUGCUCUUUCUAAAUUAACUAAGAUAAUAACCUAAACAUUACUACGAAAAAUGUCGAAUUAGCUGUGUCUUUGUUAUCUUUAUUAGACUGCUGCUAUGAAAGAAGGUCUGCAACAAUUAUUAUUUCUUGCUAGCUUCUCUCCUCUCUACAUACAUUAUUUAUUUUACUACACAUGUAUACAGUAAACAUAUUUACUGAUACACUUUACAUAUAUCUAUUUAUAACCUCUGUUUUUCUCUGCUUUUACUUUCUCUCUUCUACUUCCUUUUAUGUUUUCUUUGCUGCAAGUUUUCAAAAGUAUUUCCUAACAACUUACUGCAAAAGGUUACCAGUCGACGACACCUGACCGGGGGAAGUUGUCACUACCUUCCUCGCUGCCAGCUUCUUGCUUUUUUCCCCCCCUAUUUUUUUCUUUCUUUCUAAACACCAAAACACAACACAAUACAAGGAUAUCUGUUUUAUUUGAUUUUUUUUUAUAUAUAUUUUAUUUUGCUUUCUACAUUUUCGAUGAACGAGCCUGAAGGAAAUCUAUUCGCCGUCAUUUGGAUCUAUACGACUCAAUGCUGGAAAUAUUACCUACUGCGCUUUUGGGUCUUUCUUCCUUCUUUAGUUCAUUGUUGAUAUUGAUAUUUGGCAGAUAACAUGCAUAAAAACAGACAGUCGUCCGGUGGUUCUUCCUCGUCGGCAUCUAUGCCUAUGCCAUCGUCACAACUGUCUCAUCAUCCACAGCAACCACAGAACAAAGCCCUGCCGCCUCCCGUCAACAAUAAGUUGCUGCCUCCACCUAUAAAAAAAGAUGUCAAACACUGGAGCACCAGACUCCAGGAGACAGUCGUAUCCAUCCCUUCUGAUGGUGGCGGCGGCGGCGGACAGGGUUCGUCGAUUACCAUUAAGGGCGGUGCUGAUACGGGCUUCUUCUGUUAUGUUGGAGAUGUCCGCCACGACGAAGUAAAAUAUCAUUCCGGUGGAAAACUACAUUCUGAUGAUCUAAUCUUGGAGAUCCAAGGACAGAAAGUAUCGGGAUAUACAUUAAGAGAUGUUAACAUCUGGCUGAAGCAAGUCAGUCAGAAUGGAGCUCCUGUACUCAUUAAAACUUUACGUUCAGGACACCAGGCACCAACUGACUGCUAUUUAAGCAUAAUAAGAUCUUGUGGAAUCGGUUACUGGAGACAAUCUUGUUUAGGCAAUGCAUCUAAUUGGCCGGGUGAGUACAAAUCUCCAAGAAAUAAUUCAGCAUCUGGUAUGCUACCAAGAGAUCUACGUCAAUACCUGAACACUCGGUUUUUAAAAGGGUCAGUGGAUCAUGAUCUGCAACAAACUAUUCGGGAUAAUUUAUACAUGAGGACGGUACCAUGUACCACACGUUGCCCUCGACCAGGAGAAAUUAACGGAGUUCAUUAUACAUUUCUUACUGCUGAAGAAUUUGUGACCCUUGAGAAAAAUGGCAGUCUAUUAGAAAGUGGAAUAUUUGAUGGUAAUCACUACGGAACACCAAAACCUCCUAAAGAACCUAAUGUAGUUCACGUACGGCGCACAGGGUCGGCUGGAAGUUUACUUUUUGGAAACAGUAAUCAAGGUGAAACAAAACGGAAGUUGCCUAGUAAUUCAGAAAUGUCAUCUUCUAAAUCUUCACUGCCCCCAUUCAGAGACAAUGUUCCUGUGAUACGACAACGGUCCUUGGAAAAAGCACGAAGCUCUUCGAAUCUUGGCCCUUUACCUGGAAAUUGGGAAACUGCUUACACUGCUGAUGGCCAGCAAUAUUUUAUAAAUCAUGAUACAGAAACUACCGAUUGGAUUGACCCUCGGCUCUCACAUUUACACAAGUCACAAACAGAAGACUAUAGUGAUGAUGGUGAGUACCAACAUUAUGACGACAAUAGUGACGUGCAGUUGCCUCAAAGGAUUCAACGUGGGUCUACUCUCAGUAGUUCAUACCCACUACCUAAAUUACCCUUUGGUUGGGAGAAAGUUGAAGAUAGCCACUAUGGAACCUAUUACAUUGAUCAUGUGAAUAAACGGACACAAUAUGAAAAUCCUGUAGCCCAAGCUAAAAAGUCGCAAAUUCCAGGGCUUGAUGAUGUGAUCGGCUCCUCCAGCACAUUCCCUCGCCAGAAGAAGAUGCAGGAGCCAGCGAAACGUUCUGCCAGUGAGUCAGACAUGAAUGGCCAUAUUUUAGGUUCCGAAAAUAAAAUGAAGCCUUUUUUCACAAAAAACCCCUCUGAGUUGAAAGGGGAAAUGCUGAAAACAUCAUUGAUAAAGAGUGUCCGAGGAUUUGGUUUCACAAUAGUUGGUGGUGACCACUCAGAUCAAGAGUUCCUGCAGGUUAAAAACGUUGUACCAAAUGGACCUGCAUAUACAGAUGGAAGGCUGAAAACUGGGGAUAUUCUUGUUUAUGUAAAUGACGACUGUGUCCUUGGCUAUACACACCAGGAUGUAAUCCUUCUUUUCCAAGCAAUACCUCCAGGUGAAGAAGUAAGCCUCACUGUUUGCCGUGGUUACAUGCUGCCAUUUGAUCCAGAUGAUCCAAACACGGAAAUUGUAACUCGGGUAGCUGUUUCUUUACCUCCAGACAGUGGAACAACCAACACUGGACCUUCCAAUUCAAUAGGUUAUGGUAGCAGCGGUAACAUGGAUCAAUUAAAUACGUCCCAAAAAAGUCUUAAAUCCUUGCCCGAUCUUGCUCGAUCUGCUGCCGAUAACAAUUCCAAUUUAAGUUUUGCUCAACGAAGCCAUAGUGGGGAUGUCCUUAAUACAGACAAUACUCCAGAUGUCCUCAUCCCAAACAGUAAUAAACCGGAAAUUUUAGUUGUGAACAUUAUUCGUGGUGCUACAGGUUUCGGUUUCACCAUUGCUGAUAGUUCCUACGGUCAACGAGUUAAACAAAUAUUUGAAAAAACUCGGUGUAAGAAUUUAAUGGAAGGUGAUAUUUUAUUGGAAAUUAAUUCAACCAAUGUGAAAGACAUGGCUCAUGCUGACGUUGUUCAAGUAUUGAAGGAUUGUCCAAAAGGAGAAGAGACAGCAAUUGUUGUUCAAAGAGGAGGAAUUUCGUCUCCUGGGAAAACCCGAAAAUCAGCAAAAUUGAUAAAAUCUAAUAGUGAAGGAAGCCGGCCAAAAAAUCCGCCAGAAAACAAUGUGCCUGGGGCUUAUUUCUUCAACAGUAGUCAAGAACAGGUGUCUGACCGAGAAGAUGAUGAUGAGGAAUCUGAAGGCCAGUUAAAGAGCCCAACUGUUGAUUUUCACACUCGUAAAGCACCUACCUCAAGUGAUCAGCGUUCAAAGUAUCUUUCUGAUCACCGACCAAAGACCCCAACAAGAACAGCUGUUAUGAAAACAGACAGUCGCAGUCGAACUGCUACCAUUGGACGGCCGUCAUUUAGCAACAAUUUUUCCAAAAAGUUUGAUAUUCGUAAGGAUUACAUGACAAAUGCAGAUGAUAAUUGGAGUUACAAUGAACAGAGAUCGUUUGAGCGGGAAUAUUACCCUAGCUAUGAGUACAGUACACGUCCUCCUCCAGGACCGCGCUCUGACCCUUUCCGUCAGGACUACACUGUGUCGCGAACAGAUCAUAGAUUUCGAACUGAUAUGGGAAUACAGAGACAAAACACAAUGCAAAGUUUUCAACAAGAAUAUGAUCGUUCUCAUCGCUAUGACUACGGUACACGGACUGAAGGAAUAAGGCCUGGACAGUUCCGGAGCAGGACGCCAGGACCAGAAUUAAUGAACCGGUCACUCUCUGGCGAAUCACGCCACGAACCCAAUCGUCCAAAAACUCCAACUGCUCAAGAUAUGAGGAGUAAAACACCUCUACCAACAAGCAACCACAAUCAUACAAGUGCUUCUGAUUUCCCUCUAACAUCCCGUUACCAAAAUGCCCCCAGUUCAACAUGGGGUAUGAAUGGUCACAGGCAAGCUUUUGCUCAUAAAGCAUGGGCAUAUAGUAGCCUUGAUCAUGGCACAAUCCAUCCUCUACGGCGAGAGUCCUCUUUAGAUAAUCCAGCUUACCCCUAUGAAAAAACAUAUUCCUCUAACAAUAACUAUGCCCCAAAUCUUGUCGGUGGACAAGGAACUAUUGGGAGUGGCACAGGGCGCCCUUCCCGACAAAGCACUUCAUUCGAAAAUGAAGAACCCACACCAAGCAAUUUAACACGGAUACCUAAACGCUAUCCACCACCUUCAUCUAACUCAUUUCAUCACCUUCCCGGCAGCCAAUCCCCUCGAAGCCCAAACAGAUUUCCAGAAUAUGAUGAAGGAUUACGUCACAUGGAAAUGCUGGUUAUUCUCAGGAGACAAGAAAGUGGUUUUGGAUUUAGAAUUAUUGGUGGCACUGAAGAAGGAUCACAGGUAUCUGUCGGCCAUAUUGUUCCUGGUGGUGCUGCUGAUCUGGAUGGUCGACUUCGUACUGGUGAUGAAAUUAUCUAUGUGGACAGCCACUGUGUUCUGAAUGCUUCCCAUCACAGAGUGGUACAGCUGAUGGGCUGUGCAGCCCUCAAUGGCCGAGUCUCAUUACGUGUCCGUCGAAGGCUACUCACCACUUCGAUAUCAGUUACAGAACAACCCUUUUACCGAGCUGCUGGUGUAUCAGAAAGUUACCCUUAUGAUGUGACUGUAACACGUAGAGAACAUGAAGGUUUUGGCUUUGUGAUAAUUUCCUCUGUAAGCAAGGCAGGCUCAACAAUAGGUCGCAUCCUGGAGAAUAGCCCUGCAGAACGAUGUAAUCGACUGCAUGUAGGGGAUCGAAUACUGGCUGUGAACAACGUUGACAUUUCUCAUAUGCAUCAUGAAGAAAUUGUCAACUUAAUAAAAGAAUCUGAAUAUUCUGUCACACUCACUAUUGGGUCUCCUCAAGGCACCAACCCCGUUACUACUGAAGACAGCAAACAAAACACUAAUAAUGACCAAAAGACUUCAGGUGCUAGCCCUACCCAACAAAACGGAGAAAUUCAAACCUCAAAGGAUGAUGCUUCCAGUACAACAUCCACAUCACAGCGGAGUUCUGCUGGUUCAAUGAUAAAUGCAAUGGCAUAUCCUGCAAUCAGUGAGAGUGACAUCUCACACAGAUCUGACCAUUCUCCUUACCAUCAACCAACAAAUGAACGGUACAGCACAACACAACAUGCUGAGCGUCCAAAAGAUAUGAGCAGACCACCUCGAAUUCAAAAUCACCAAUCAUCCCAGGAAAAUGAAGAAGAAAUCUACUCAGUGGAGCUGCACCGAGGAACUCGUGGUUUUGGCUUCUCAAUACGUGGUGGCCGGGAGUUUAAUAACAUGCCUUUAUACGUCCUCCGAAUUGCUGAUGGAGGAACUGCUGAUUUAGACAGCAAUCUCAGGGUUGGUGAUCAGAUAUUGGAGAUCAAUGGAUAUAAUACCAAUAAUAUUACACACCAAGAAGCUAUUGAUAUCAUUCAAAAUGGAGGCAAUUCUGUACAGAUGUUAGUUAAGAGGACUGGUAAACCACCGCCUAGUUUUGAUGGCUUACCCUCCCCAACAAGCAGGACACCAGGCACUCUCAGUAUGGCUAAUGGGCCCAUUGGCCACAGCUCCCCUCAUAUGGGAAGACGCAAGAACCCAGAACGUCCAUCUGACUACUUUCCAGAGUACAGCACUUAUUCCCGUAAUUAUCCAAACUAUUGAAGAGAUCCACCAUCUUUACUCUUGUCAUGAACUCAUCACUGCUGCAGCCGAGUAUUUAGAAAAGGGCUGUGACCGGUCGAGGCGACAUAUUUACGAGAGCUGCCAGCAGCUGUCAGAUGAAACUGGGAGACAGGACAAAAGUCCCUUAACCUUGUUGUGAUAAAAUAUUUCUGUAUUGUACAAAAAGCAAAGGAGUUGAAUGCAGAAAUAGAUGAUAAAAAUAUGAUUAUAUAUAAUCAAGAAGUCUUACCACUUACACAAAAAACAAAAAAAAUUUACAGACAGAGCUCUAACAAUGAAUCUUACAUAUUGUUGUAAGACAUUAAACACACAAUUUUAUAUCAAAAUUUUCCUUGAAAACAAAAGGCUCUGGGGAUAUUUUGUUUAUAUUUUUUUUUCUUUUAAACAAUUUUUUUUUACUAUUUUACAUAACAAUUUAAAAACAAAAUUUUUAUUGCAUUUAUUAUUAUUAUUGUCGUUGUUGUACCUUUUGAUGGCUAUCAAGGUGUAACAGUAAGUUCCCUGCGAGUUAAAGUCAAUGACAAGAUUUCAGUUACCAGCAGGAACUAUUUCACUUACAUCACCAAUGCCCUUGAGAAAGCAUGAACAUCACAACUGUACACUUCCCUUUCUUUAUUAAUCUGAGGCUUCGUGCCCAUAUUACUAUUAUUAUUAACCUUGGCCAUGUGCCUAAAUUAGAAACAAUUAUUAUGAAUAUUAUUAUUAUUAGGGAUUGACAGAAUCAUUAGAGCAUCAGACAAAAUGCUUUAUAGUAUUUGUUUGAGCUCUUUGUGUUCUGAGUUCAAAUUCUGCUGAGGUUAACUUUGCCUUUCAUCCUUCCAGGGUUGAUAAAAUAAAGUACCAGUCAAGUACUGGGGUCGUUGGUAUCGACCGAACUCUUCUCUCUCUCAAAAUUGUGGGCCUUGUGCCUAAAUCAGAUACAAUUAAUAUUAUUAUGAAAUCAAUAUUGUUUCACCAUGUACAAGAAAGAACAUGAUGAAACAAACAAACAUGAGCAGAUAUGGUGGUUUUGUAUGAAUGUAUAUACCAUUUCUGGAGUAGAUCUUGUAUUUAACUGUAUAAACUGCCAUUUUGUCCAACUGGUUCAAACCAACAUUACACAUGGACAUAAUAGUUUAUUGAUGAUGUGUUUUAGAAUCUACCGGAAGUGGACAUAGAAUCUACCGGAAGUGGACAUAGAAAAUAAUCCUCAGAUACCAAACUGUAUAUACGCACAUGCAGUCAUGAAGGAAAUAUAAAUUUCCUAAUUAAAUAAGUAAUAAUUUUUUUUUUUAAUGGCUUCAAUACUCUCCAUUUCAACUUAGUUGGUUUUGAUUAGUCCUAUUUUUGAAAUAUAACUCAUUCUUAAAACUUGUGACUGGAAAAUUUUUUUAUACACAUUUGAUGUGUGGAUGUGUGUAUACGUGAGUCUAUACGUACGUCUGUGUAAAAAGAAGAAAAAAACAGCUGUAAGUACUCCCAAUAUAUAUAUAUAUAUAUAUAUAUAUAUAUAAAUAGAUAGGUAGAUAUAUACAGACAAUGUGUGUAUUUAAUUAAAAUUGCUGAUGAUUUUUUUUUUCCAAAUGUAAACAUGAAUCUAUAUUUUCAUUUAAUAAUACCUGUGCACUGACAAUUUAAACCAGUCGACUUAUAAGACUGCAAUUAUUCUAUAUAAUUGAACAAUCCAAGUAUCAGCUCACUUUUAAUUCACCUGACCUUUAUUAGCUUUCUUACUUGCAUACUGGUUGUAAAUUCUAAAUGUUGACUAAUUUUACCCCAUUAGAAGUAAGUUUGAAAACAAAAUUACUAUGUCUGGUGGUGAAAAUAUACAAAAAAAAAAAACAACUAAAAAAAACACAAAAAACUACACAGCCUUACAUUGAAUCUCAAACUGUUUUAAUACUAAAAUCGAAGGGUUUUCUCCUUGUUAUUUUUAACAUAAUACCAGUUAUUUAAGAAAACAUUACUGCUGUAAUUUGAACCAGCAUUGUGAUGAUAAUGUUCAGCUACAAUUCAAGCCAAUAUGCUGAUAUUUAGCAUUAUGUUGUCAGAGACUUUCUUCAACAUCUUGGCUAGAAUUUAACAUAUCAGUAUAUAAAACAAAAAGAACGCCUACUGUUUGAGCUCAAUAUCAGCAGUAUUUAAAACUGGGUGCUGUGCACCUUAAAUUUCAAAACAAUUGAAGUAAUGUUUAAUAAUCCACUUUGUUUCUUUCUUUAAAUCUUAUUCAAAAAUUCUGCUGUUAUUAAAAUAUCAUUGAUAACAUUUACAUCAAAAUCACUGGACAAGUGGUACGAAGGGAUAGCAGUGAGUCUGUUUGACUGGAUGGUUCCUAUUAUUCAAUAUGACAAUAGUACAAACUUAACCUACAAGAUGUAGUAGUACCAGAACAGUAGCACUGUAGCAUUAGCUCUGUAGACAAAACUGCUUUAAGUUGAAACAUUUUUUUUUUUCCUUCAAACUGAAUUAUUUCAAAACUUGAUAGUAGACCUAAACUUUAUUCAACACAAAUCAGCCAUAUUUUCCCCUUUCACAGAACUCUAAAAUUAUUGAACAUAUAUAUUUAAAAAGGUUUUUUUUUUUGUCAUAUUUUAAUUCCUUAUUUUCCCAAAUAUGUAUGCUGUCUUUUAAUUUGAUUUUUGUCCACUUCUGAUCAUAUUAAAUUACAAAGAGCCUUCAAAAGCAUCAAGGAACAAAAGAAAGGGACGCACCUUUUUCCUACAUCAUAAUAAUCUCUUUAUAGUAUGACAUUUUAGUCUUAAAAAAUAUUUCAUCUUUUCUCCUCCUUUUUAUUAAAUAAUUAUAAAAGUUUAUUUCACUAUUUCAAACAUUAUAGAUCAUAUAUGACUUCUUAUAUUAUUCAUCUCAAUCUAUAAUAAUAAUAAUAAUAAUAAUAAUAAUUUUCAUGAGUUCUAUGUAAUCUUUCUCUUAAAAAUAUUUGAUUCCAAAUGCAAUCUUAGCCAUGAGGAAAGUACCUGCAUUCAGAGUUAAGAUUUAAAAGAAAAGUGAAAAUAAUUUAAUUUGCAACACUAUAAAACAUAUGAGUCCCAUCGUUCCAGUACUUUAAACAAUCAUGUUUUUAAUGGCUCAUUUCAAAUGUGUGUAACUAUAUAUAUAUAUAGUGUGUGUAUGCAUGCAUAUAAAACUAUAUAUAUAUAUAUAUAUGUGUGUGUGUGUGUGUGCGAGAAAAAUGUAUAGUUAAUUAUAAGUUGUGUGUUCAAUAUUUUGUAGAUGCUUUCCUUUUUAUGUUUAAUUCAUCUCCAUCAGAUGUUUGACGUAAGCCUCAAAUUGAAAAUAGGUUUGAUAAACAAAAUAAUCAAAUCGUUGGAAAGAUAAAGAAGCUACCAGAAUUACAGGUAGAAGAAAUGACCGGAUAUAGUGCACAGCAUAUUUAAUGUAUGUGUAUAUACAAUAGGAAUUUUUAAAAAUAAGUAUGUGUGUGUGUGUGUGUGAAAAUAAAAGAUUUCAUAAAUCCUGUAUAGAUAUUGCAUGGACAUAUUCAGAAAAUGCUUCUUGCUUUAAAUGGCUUGUGCAAACAUUUUUUUUUCUUGUUUAUUUAAUAACUAGAAUGAAAUUGUAGGGGUAUGAAUGAUAAUUUAAAUUGUAUUUGUUUCUUCUUUCUUUUUUUUUUCUGUGUUGUCACUGUGUUGUGACACUUUCAUAGCUACAGAUUUUUUUAUAUUGUCAAAAAGAAAUACAAAUUGUUCUUUAAAAAAUUUCAACAAAAAGAUAUCCUCUCUUUAAAUUCAAUACCAAUAAACUUGUCAAAAGGAAAACCCUAAAUUAGAACCCUUUUCCUGUUUGAAUGUUUUCAUUGGUUUUUCAUGCUGUAGCUUCAGAUUGUGUUUCAUCAAUCGAUAUGUUUUCCUAUUUGAAGUCUUAGAAUUUUUCUUGUUUACCAUUUUGUUAAAAUCAGAUAUAAAUUGUACAAUUAAUCUACAUUUUUUUUUUUGCGAAAGGAAAACCUUGGCAAAAAUGCUAACAUGUUUUCUGCUGACAAUCGAGAAUAUAUGAUUCUAGAAUUAGCUUUAGUUUGUAAACUGUAGCAUUACAAGUGUACUACUGAAAAUAAGAGUUUUUUAGGUUGCCAAUAAUGGCUAAGGGUAGACAUUCAUUUUUUAAUUGGAGCUUUUGUUUUAAAAAGUAAUUUGUGUAUUUUCUGUCAAUAUAGUUCAAAGAAGACUUUAAAAUGUAAUUCAUGUCUUCUAGUAUUUUUUUUUUUUUUAAUUAAAAACAUCUUUUCUCUCUAAAUGAUUUUGAAUAACCUUGUUUUGUUCUGUAUUAGGUCUACUUUGCUAAUUUAAUAUUCCAAAUUUACAGGAUAGAAUUAAAGAGCAUUGUUCUGCCAAAAUACAUGUUGCAAUAAAUUUAUAACUUUACUAUACAAAUAUGUAUAGUAAAAAUUUCCUAAGGGUUAAAUCAAAAUGUUAUAUGGGUUUAUUCAUAUUCUUAAGGAAUAUUGUAAAUUUAUUUGCUUAACGGUUUAUUUGUUUCUAGUAAAUAUGCCUUGGUUUUUGGUCCUUCUCAAUUUUACUCAUGUAAACCUGGAAAAUGGGUGCUAAACAGAAAGUGUGCCAAUAUGAUGGCUCAUAAAUGCUCUCUGAAUACCAUAGUUCUAUUCCACUUUGAAAGAAUCCAUUUUUUUUUCUUUUUGAAUUUGGAAUUAAUUUCAUUUAUACAGGACACACAUAAUUUUCUCUCAACUAAGCAUUUAUAACCAGUUUCAGACAUUCAAAUAUUUAAUAGCUAUGGAUAGCUUCAAGUGUACAAUUUAUUUAUUGCUUAUCUUAGUACAAACUUAACCAAUUGUAGUAAUAUGUACGGUUUUCCUUUCCAUGUGCUUUAUUCCUUUCAUUUCUCUAAUUCAGUAGCAUGUUGCAUUUUUCCUUGUUAUUUUGCUGAGAUUACACAUACCUGUACACACAUAUUCUGAUGAAGUCCCUCUAAAGCAACAGACUAUGGCCCACAAAUUCAAACAAAAUCAAUGUAUUGCAAUUUACUUUAUGAAAUUGAAAUGGAAAAAAAAUUAAAUAAAUAAAAACUUUUGAUUUUUAUCUGAAACCUAUAUUUGUGCAGGCGCAAACAAAAAUGAUUUCAGACAAAUUUAGGCAAAAUAAAAAAAUUAAAAAAUUAAAAAAAAAAAACACCCCUGAAAGUGAACAUUUUUUCUUUUUAAAUAAUGUCGUCAUAUCUGGUGUUAUGAAGGAAAAACAAUAAAAGGGAAUUUUAAUUUAUUAAUGAGUUUUCCAUAUUAUUAUCAUCAUUAUCAUCAUCAUCGUUUUCAUCAUGUACUGUGUUUAUUAUUAAGCAUUUAAAAAGAAAAAAAAAAGCAAACUCUUAAUAAAUUUGUGGGAAUUACUUGAAGGUUGGCAAGUCUACUUUGAACUGGUUGGAAUCCUCACAAGACAGGAAAUGUUUGUCUUGAUGUAAAUAUACAGCUCCUUUUUUUACAUCGACAGAUAAAUAUUUAUUACAAAAUGGCCAUACAUUUAAUAGCUAUGCAUGUCGCAAGAUAUUUAAAACAGUCUGGUUGUAAUCAUAUGGUCAGACAUUUUUGGCUGCUGGCUAUAUGACAUCACUAAUUCUCCUCUAUGAAAAAUAAACUCAUUCUUUAAAUACCAUUUAUUUCAUGUGAUACAAAUGCCAUUAAUUCACCGAAUCUGAAAGGAAGAGUUUUAUUUGUGUCAGUGUUUUAUAGCAAUAGGAACUAAAUGAGACAUGUUAGAUGGGUUAGCGAAGCAAAAAAUGAAAAACUGAUAACAGGUUCAUUAUGUACAUGCAACCUGGAAAGGGAAGAGAUUUUAAAUAUAGUUUUUCCCAUUUAAACCACUAUUCAAGAAGUUAAAGAAUUUUUCAAUUUAUUUUCUAAAUCUUCAAUAAUGCUUCUGUUGAUUUUGCAGGCCUUUGUAUAUAAACAUUGUUUAUUUAUCAUUAAUUUUAAACUUAUGGCAAAAGUUAUUUAAAUUCAUCUUUUUUUUUUUUAAUCUUAAGAUGAUUUAAGCAGCUGAUCUCUUGAGAUUUGCUAUUCCAUAAGUUCCCUACAUCAAUAAACAUGUUCUUUUUUUCUCUUUUGUUUUUGUUCUCUUGUUUCCGAUCCUCAGCUUUUUAUAUGCAAAUUCAGAGACAAUAUUCUCAUAAUACAACAGGAAAGAAAACUAUAAUAAAUUCAGAAAUCAACACUUA